GUUGGCGGCUGAGAAUGAGGAAACUCUGGGCUGACUGUUGACAGUGUCGGGGGGGAAAUGGACAUGUCCAAAUGAGGCCUAAAGCGUGAAAACAUGUCCAGUGUGUGAACGUCCCCGGCGCCGCCACGACCUGCGCUCCCCCCCCGGACCCGGUGACCCAGGCUGACGACAGGAGCAGACAUGGAGAGCUCGGAGGGGAUGCAGUCGUCCUCUGUCCUCUGUUGUCCGUGCGAUGGAGCGGACGUGUCCAUGGGAGACGUUUCCACCAGGAGCUCGACGCGUCGAACCCGCAAGUGCCGCAGUCUGAGCGCGUCGUCCGUCAGCUGCCCCGAGUACAGGAGGACUCAGUGGCUCCAUGGCCCCAGCCCCGUCACCACCUUCGGCCCCAAGGCGUGUAUGCUCCAGAACCCCCAGGCUGUCAUGCACAUCCAGGACCCUGCGAGUCAGAGGUUGACCUGGAACACUCCGCCUCAGAGCGUUUUGGUCGUCAAGAAGAUCCGAGACACGGCUCUGCUCCAGCCCUUCAAGGAGCUCUGCCGCUUCCUCAUCGAGGUGAAGAACAUGCUGGUUUACGUGGAGAAGAAGGUUCUGGAAGACCCGUCCAUAUCCGCAGAUGAGACCUUUGCACCCAUCACCAAGAAGUUCUGCACUUUCAGAGAAGAUCUCGAUGACAUUUCCAACCGUGUGGACUUCAUCAUCUGCCUGGGAGGAGACGGGACUCUGCUGUACGCCUCCUCCCUCUUCCAGGAGAGCGUCCCCCCGGUCAUCGCCUUCCACCUGGGCUCCCUGGGCUUCCUCACCCCCUUCAAGUUCGACUCGUACCAGUCCGAGCUCACUCAGGUCAUCCAAGGAAACGCAGCUCUGGUCCUGCGCAGUCGUCUCCGAGUGAGAGUGACCAAAGGGGGGGAGAAGAACAACGGCCUGAGUCUGACCAACGGCGAGGGGGAGGGGCCAGCCGAGGAGUACCAGGUUCUGAAUGAGGUGGUGGUGGACAGGGGCCCGUCCUCGUACUUGUCCAACGUCGACCUGUUUCUGGACGGACACCUGAUCACCACGGUGCAGGGAGACGGUCUGAUCGUGUCCACGCCCACGGGCAGCACGGCGUACGCUGUGGCCGCCGGCGCCUCCAUGAUCCACCCCAACGUCCCCGCCAUCAUGAUCACGCCCAUCUGCCCUCACUCUCUGUCCUUCAGGCCCAUCGUGGUGCCCGCCGGGGUCCAGCUCAAGAUCAUGCUGUCCUGUGACGCCCGGGACACCGCCUGGGUCUCCUUCGACGGGAGGAAGCGCCAAGAGAUCUGCCACGGAGACAGCAUCACCAUCACCACGUCGUGCUUCCCCGUGCCCUCCAUCUGCUUCAGAGACCCGGUGAACGACUGGUUUGAGAGCCUGGCCCAAUGCCUGCACUGGAACGUACGCAAGAGACAGAGCUACCUCAGCGCGGAGGACGACGACUACUGAGCCCUGACCCCGCCCGCCGACCACGGAACCUGCCCACCGACCACAGAACCUGCCCCUCGGCCGCAGAACUCGAUCGCCGACCACAAAACCUGCCCACAGACCGCACCCGCCGGCCGCAGACUCCCACCCACUGCCUAAUGACCCCACAGACCCCGCCCACAUCCUCCACAGACCUUCGCCGCUGACCACAGACUCAGCACAACGACCCCUGAUCCCGCCCACUGACCACAGACCCCACCCACUGACCACAGACUCUGCCUACUGACCA